GGUUUUUUUUUCUCACUGCCAUGAGGAAUACCAACCAAUUUUUUGUCUUGGCUGUGCUUUUCUUUUCUAUGAACGGAAGUGAGACGGCUGACGCUGAAGAGAAGUUAAUGAACCAUCUCCUCAACGCUUCACGCUACAACAACUUAAUUCGCCCAGCCUUCAACUCUUCACAGUUAGUUGUGAUAGAAUUGCGGGUUAUUCUGUCCCAGCUUAUCAAUGUGAAUGAACGGGAACAAAUCAUGACCACCAAUGUCUGGCUCAACCAGGAAUGGACCGACUAUCGCUUGGCCUGGGAACCAUCGGAAUAUGAAGGCAUCAACAAACUAAGGAUACCGGCUAAGAAAGUGUGGCUCCCAGACAUUGUGCUGUACAAUAAUGCCGACGGUACCUACGAAGUCUCUGUCUACACAAAUGUGAUUGUUCAGCACAAUGGAAGCAUGUUGUGGAUGCCGCCAGCCAUUUACAAAAGCGCCUGCAAGAUUGAAGUGAAGCAUUUUCCCUUCGACCAACAGAACUGCACCCUCAAAUUCCGCUCUUGGACUUAUGACCACUCUGAAAUCGAUAUGAUUUUGAAAACAGACUCGGCCAGCACGGAUGACUUCACUCCCAGCGGGGAGUGGGACAUUGUGGCCCUCCCGGGACGAAGAACUGAAAACCCUUUAGAUCCAAACUAUGUGGACGUGACAUACGACUUCAUCAUCAAAAGGAAGCCCCUGUUUUAUACCAUCAACCUCAUCAUACCUUGUGUCUUGAUCACGUCCUUGGCCAUCUUGGUAUUCUACCUGCCCUCGGAUUGUGGAGAGAAGAUAACCUUGUGCAUCUCCGUCCUGCUGGCUUUGACCGUUUUCCUGCUUCUGAUUUCCAAAAUCGUCCCUCCAACUUCUCUGGAUGUCCCACUGAUUGGGAAGUACCUGAUGUUCACCAUGGUGUUGGUGACCUUCUCGAUUGUGACCAGUGUCUGUGUGCUGAAUGUCCACCACAGGUCUCCCAGCACUCAUGCAAUGCCUCCCUGGGUUAAGGUGGUCUUCCUUCAGAGGCUGCCAAGCUUCCUCUUCAUGAGGAGGCCACAGAACCAGUCGGCGAGCCAACGGUUGACCAACCGCAAGAAGAACAAAGUGGAGUCCUCGCCUUCGGAUCUCUCCAGCACAUACAAGGAUUGUACUUACUUUGUGAACACAGCGGCAGGCCAAAGAUACAACGUGAAACUCACAGACAACCCCGACCAUGUCCACAGCCAUCAAGACCUGAGGUUACGGUCCUCCGUGAAGUUUUCUCCCGAUGUCCAAGAAGCAAUUGAGGGAGUCAGCUUCAUAGCGGACCACAUGAGGAACGAAGACAACAACGAGAGUGUCAUUGAAGACUGGAAAUACGUGGCCAUGGUGGUGGACAGGCUCUUCCUCUGGAUAUUUGUCUUCAUGUGUGUGCUGGGAACCACUGGAUUAUUCCUGCAGCCCCUUUUUCAAAACCACCAGCCUGCCAUGAGCCCGUAAGCUGAGCUGAAUCUAAGGCCAAAGACUGCUUGUUCGCAGGGUUGGAAGUCCCGAGUUCCACAAUUUCAAUUUCAAGAUUCUUUAUCCAGAUCUUGGUUGGUUUGUUUGUUUACUGCCCCUUCCCAGUUAAAAAAAAGUGAAUAAUCCG